GCAUGCCAACUGGGGUAACUGGAUGCGUGCGGCGGGCGUCGACGGUCAAGGCUUCGGCCACUCAGGUAGCAGGUGGUUCAACCUGGACGAGGAGCGACGCCGUUUUGACCCGAAGGGCAAUUACGUCCGCCUGUGGGUAGCAGAGCUUUCGCAGGUUGCCCAAGAAUAUCUGCAUGCUCCUUGGACAAUGCCUGUGGAGGAGCAGCAGCGAGCUGGCUGCUUUCUAGGCACCGAUUACCCCGUCUGCCCUGAAAGUCCAUCGAAGCUGGCAUUGGAGGGUGGCGAUGUAGCCGCCAAGUUUCCGAAGCUUUUUUCCACGACUCGCGAAGGAAAGAUGAAGGGCAAAGGCAAAGGCAAGCGUAGAGCCAAAGCUUGA